AUGGAAGAGAACUCGACCCAGGGUCUGACGCCGACUGCUGAGACGCCGACGUCGACGCCUCACUGUCCUUGGCAAUGCGAGCUCACUAACGAGGCGGGCUACGUCGUCUAUUCGGCCCUCGGCUCCUUUUAUAUCCCCAUGUUCGUGAUGCUUUUCUUCUACUGGAGGAUAUACAGGGCGGCCGUCAGGACCACCAGGGCGAUCAAUCAGGGAUUCCGAACGACGAAAGGUUCCAAAGGAAUCGGCAAUCGCUUCGAAGAGCAAAGACUAACAUUGCGGAUACACAGGGGAAAAGGUUCUUCCGGAAAACGCACAUAUGGUUCACCUCAUAGUAACGGCAGUAACAGCACCACCACCACUGGCAGCGCCAGUGCUAGUCCCAGUCCUUCCACUAGGGGGCGUCAAGAAAAAGUCAAGAUUAGCGUUAGUCAUCCAUCGUCUGAGAAUUUAGCACCGUCCUUAUUGGCGGUCACACCUACCUCUCCAACCACUCAGCCUUCCUACGCAGUCCACUACUCCGUCAACGGCAAGGACUCCACGGUGAGCACUCUCCGACGGCCUAGCACCGGCCAGGAAACCCACCUCCGAGUCCACCGCCUCGGCUCCCACCGACGCCCUUCGUCCCGACGCUCCAGCAGCUGCGACAGCACCUGCGAGCGCGCCUCCAGCCCGAGCCCCAGCGGCUGCGACGACGGUACCGGUUUGCAUUCAAGAGAAUCAUCUGUAAAUGCUUCUGCACCAAACGCCAAAGAGAUUCUCGCCGAGGCUCCGAUGGUUCUCAGCUCAAUCAAGGCGGCAAGCACUUCCGGUCUCCCAGCUACAAUAUGCAGCACCAAGGUAACUCCCUCGGAGAUGACAGCGAUCCAGGUGGCGACAUCAUGGAUUCCAGGUGACGCAGUGCCAAGAGAGGCAUCAGCAAGAUGCACGAGGAAAAAGAAUCUGUUUUAA